UUUUUAAACAAAACAUGCCUGUCGUGAAGCAUAAGAAUCGGCAUGCGUCUCGUCAUCAAUCACUUUAAUACUUAUUUUAAAAAGUGUCAUCAAAACCAUGUCGACCCAAAAUCCAAAUGUAAAUUCUAAUAAAAAUACUGAAUGUUAUAAGCAUGUAACAGAACAAGAUGUUCACAAACAUUUUUUAUAUGAAGAUUACUCGACACCAAUACACUCAAAGAUAACAAACCGAUUACUUUUUCGUACGAAAAAAUCAGCAAAAGGCGAUAAUGAUCAAAAAAAAGAAAAAACGUGUUUUUCUCGACCAUUUCUACCCAGUAUUUUAACACGCUUAUGUCCUGCUGUGGGUUUCGUAAAACACUAUACUCGUGAAGCUUUUUGUUACGACAUAUCCGCUGGCUUUGCUGUUGGAUUGGCUGCUAUACCAAUGGGAAUGUCGUAUGCGUUAUUGGCGGAGCUUCAUCCUGUUUAUGGUUUGUACACGGAUUUUUUAUUUCCACUGAUCUAUAUGCUGUUCGGAGGACAAGCGCAAAUCGUUGUUGGAACCUCUGCUAUUGAAGCUAUGAUGACAGGAGAAGCAAUUACGAAACUAACAGGAUCUGAAGCAUCGAUAACAGAAAGAGCGAAUGUUGGAGUCCAAUUAGCGUUUUUUGUUGGAAUCAUUCUACUUUUAAUGCGUUUGCUAUGUUUUGGUCAUGUAUCACGUUUCCUCGCAUUCCCUAUUUUAAGUGGAUUUUCCACUGGAUCUGCAAUCGUUAUCGGUACUUCUCAAUUGAAGAAUAUUACGGGAAUCUCGAUUCCUUCAAAUGUAAUAACUGCCACAAAUGUGUGGUGGUAUGUUUUCGUUCAUUGGAGAGAUAUUCAUAUACCGUCUGUUCUUUUGACGUGCUACGGAUUAUGUCUUUUACUAUCACUUCAAAAAAUAAACAGACGAUGGUUUCAAAAGUAUCCUUUACCCCAUGCCUUCUUUUUAAUGUUACUCACUAUACCUUUAGCGUAUAUUUUUACGAAAAAAAAUUGGGCUCAUGUGAAUCUUGUUGGAACUAUACCUCAAGGAUUUCCUUCGUUUUCCUUAAAAAACAUCCAGUCUGGAACUACGUUUUCUGUUAUUAAGCAAGCUUUAACAUACUCUAUUUUCUAUUUUAUUAUCCACAUAACUAUUGCUAAAACAGUUGCAGAACAACAACAUGUCAUGCUUGAUGGUAACCAAGAAAUGCUUGCUUGUGGCAUCUGUAGUGUGGUCGGUUCUUUUUUUCAAUGCUACCCUAUAGCAACAUCACUGUCUCGCACAUGCCUCGCCACACAAUCUGGAGCUCGGACGCCAUUAUUUAAUAUUCUAAACGCUGCAUUAGUGGGUUUCGCUCUAUCAUGUGCUACACCUUUACUCUAUUAUCUACCCAAAGCCAGUCUGUCGUCUUUAAUACUAAUAGCCGUUUCGAAUAUGUUCUUCAUCCAGGAUGGUGUUUACCUCUUACAUAUGUCGUUACCCGAUUUUCUCCUUUGGUGUGUGAGCUGCGUUGUUGUAGUUUGGCGAGGUGCUAUGGAAGGUAUAACUGUUGCUGUCACCAUUUCAAUUCUCUGGCUCAUAAAAAAAAAUGCUUUUCCUGAACUUGUCGAAUUAGGAAACCUUCCCAAUACACAAAUUUAUCGAGAUAUUCGACGUUUUCCUAUGGCGCAAAGAGUUUCACAUUGUCGUAUUUUGCGUUUUGAUGCUUCUCUUCAUUUCGCUAAUAUUGAUACUUUAGAGCAUUACAUACAUACCGUUUGUGGCAAUCAAAUGACUUGCGUUGAAAAAUUUCUCAAAAAUCAAAAGUCAUCUCAACAAAGUGUAUCAUCAUUAAAUACUAUUAUUAUUGAUGCUUCAAGUAUUAAUGAUAUGGAUAUAACCGCAGUAAAAAUGUUAAAAAGAGUUGCUGCAGAAUUAGAACAACAAUAUAUUCGCUUAUUGUUUGCUAAUUGGAAAGGACCCAUGCGUGAUUUUCUAGAAAAAAGUGAAUUCUAUCUAUCUGUAAAACCUGAGCAUUGCUUUCUUAGUUUACACGAUGCGGUCGUUUGGUCGCAAUCACUUGAAGAUGUUCAAAGAAUAUCUUCGGUAUCCCCUACCAAAUUGAAUGAAACGCACACCACCUUAAAAAUAAUAUCCGACAAUUUAUCUUUAACAGUGAAACCAUUGACCCCGAAGGCAUCCUUUUCUUCAAAUACAUGUUUAUCUCAAAGUGACUCAACUGUUGCAUUAUCCCAACCUGUUACUCAAGUACAGUUUGUAACCGAAUCGACGGGCAGUGUUACCCGUGAUUGGCCGGUCGUGAUUCAUAAUGCAAAAGUCUAGUUUUGAUAUGAAUUGUACAAACACUUAUAUACUUGAAAAAAAAAUAAAAAAAUGCUAGAAUAUUUA